AUGGAAAAUGUAACAAAAAUACCACUUGACACAAUAUGUGUGUACAGGAUAGACAUUAAAAAAGCGUUCUCCAGCUUAUUUGCAUCCGUAUACGGCAAGCCCGGGUUUGUUUUCAGGUCUCUGGGAAUAAGAAUGUUUGAGGCAGGUAUGAUUUUGGUUCUUCUAAUAUUCGGAGUGUGCAGAAUUCUUUCCAGUCUGCUGGCUAUCCCUGUAUACCAGCAGGAGCUAAAGGGAUUUCAAGGGAAGUAUGGGUCUCCCUUUGAAUUCACAACAGCUGCACAGCACGAUGACAACGACAGACUAACUGCCAGGCUACUGGAGCUCGCUGAAGACCCAGAGAACACAGGCAUUAAAAUGAAGUCGCUCGUGGAAGGACUGCUGUACGAGAAAGAGUUGGAUCAGUCAAAAAUCAGCAUGAGCGAGUACGUGGAAAACAACUGCAGCUCAAAUAAUAAAACACUUGUGAUGAGCAUUGUAUCAGCUGCUGUUAAUGUUCUGUUCUUCAUCAGAGCCAGUGGAAUAUGCACGAAUCUCUUCAAUGCAAUAGGCGAUACGAAGAGCUUUGUUAUUUCUCUAUUCCUGAUCCUCCACGUGAUGGUGCACAUAUUCAUAUUCACUAUUUUUAUGAUUCUGACCUUUGACGAAAACGGAAGAAUUACUGCUGCAUUUGCUGUUAUGAUCAUGGACUUUAUCACGAUGGGAUUUUCUUCAUUUUUUGGGCCCAUAGGAAGCAGUGCCAUUGGAAUGGUCUUUAGCAUUUGCCAGUCUCCGCUUGUUCUGAAUGUCUUGUUCUCGUCAUUUGGCAUUUUGUUGCACAGACUCAUAAAUAUUUCCAUAGAAAAACGGAUAUCUCCAGAAGCCAGUGAAAUAAUAGAUGCAUUCGGAGCGGGUGCAUACAGCAAAGUGCUUGCAUUGGACAACGAGCAGCUUACCAAGGACUUUGUAGAUAGAGUAAAAAGUGUAGUGGGAAGCGGCAGUGCUCUUUCUGAGGUAAAAAUAAUGGAUGUGUGCAGAUCGACUAUAGGCAAUUUCACUGUUUUUAUGCUGAGCUGUUUUUUCUCGUAUGUCAUCAUCUAUGAGCUCGACAAAACAGUAAUUUACUAUUUUUUGCUGUGGGCACCGGACAUCGCCCCGUUCCGUAAGAUACGUAAAAUGAUGACAGUGCGGCUUAUGAUAAUCUUCAAGCUUCUUUCGUAUGUAGGCGUGCUUGUAUCUAUUUGGUUCUUGUUCAAGAAGAACCCAAUGUAG